CUCUGCCUCCUGAGUGCUGGGAUUAAAGGCACUUGCCGGGACGCCUGGCUCCAAGGAUCCUGAUACACAUCCCUGGAAGCAGCCAAGGCAGUCUUCACAUGCCUUUCCUGAGUGAGGAAUGCAAGAGGAAAGACAGAAGAGAGUGGUUGUUUUUCGGAGAAGCCGGGAAAACAGAGCAGAAGCUUGCUCAACACAUAUUGUGCUUUACAGUCAAGGGCUCAUGGGAUUACCUCAUACCAACUUCCCCUUCUUCAAAGCAAACAUUGUGGGGGGGCAGGCAUCCGAGAAGCAAGUGUGAUCCGUCUCAUUCCCACACCACGUCGCUCCCUUCUGCCUGUCAGCGAGGUGGUGGCAGCAUGCUACAGUGCCCAUUGCCCCCUCAGAGAAACGUUAGGCUGCCGGCCCCAAUACCGCAUCCCCAUGUUGCCAGCUCCAGCCGGGGAUGUCCUCUGUCGACUGUCCACCUACCUGGAAGAACUCGAGGCUGGGGAACUUAAGAAAUUCAAAUUGUACCUGGGGACUGCAGAGGAACUGGGCCAGGUCAAGAUCCCCUGGGGACGAAUGGAGAUGGCGGGUCCUCUGGACAUGGCCCAGCUGAUGGUGGCCCAUAUGGGGACAGAGGAGGCUUGGCUGCUGGCUCUCAGCACCUUUGAGAGGAUCCACAGGAAGGACCUGUGCGAGCGAGGACGGAGAGAAGACCUAGUGAGGGUCACUCCGGAUAAUGGCCCAUGCUCCCGUGAGAACCAAUCAGCUUGCCUUCUGGAUGUCUCUCCUAGUGCGCUAAGGAAAGAUCCUCAGGCAACCUACAAAGACUAUGUCCGCAGGAAAUUCCGACUAAUGGAAGACCGCAACGCGCGUCUAGGAGAAUGUGUCAACUUGAGCCACCGUUACACUCGGCCUCUCUUAGUAAAGGAACACGCAAAUCCUAUCCUGGCCCAACAGAAACUCUUGGAUACAGGAUGGGGAUACGCCAGGUCCAGGGGCCACCAGGCUAGCCCUAUCCAAAUGGAGACCCUCUUCGAGCCCGACGAAGAGCGCCCUGAGCCGCCAGGCACAGUGGUGUUACAAGGGGCAGCAGGAAUGGGGAAGUCCAUGCUGGCCCACAAAGUGAUGCUGGACUGGGCCGACGGGAGGCUCUUCCAAGGCCGGUUCGACUACGUCUUCUAUGUCAGCUGCAGGGAGCUGAACAGAAGCCAUGUCCAGUGCAGCGCACGCGACCUCAUGUCCAGCUGCUGGCCAGAGCCUGGCGCACCCCUCCAGGACAUCAUCCGGACUCCUCAUCGCCUCCUGUUCAUCAUCGAUGGCUUCGAUGAGCUUCACCCUUCUUUCCACGACGCUCAGGGUCCCUGGUGCCUCUGCUGGGAGGAGAAACGACCCACAGAGCUCCUCCUCGGCAGCCUGAUUCGGAAGUCGCUUCUGCCCCAACUGUCUCUGCUCAUCACCACACGACCCAGCGCCCUGGAGAAGCUACACGGCUUGCUGGAACACCCCCGGCACGUGGAGAUCCUGGGCUUCUCCGAGGCAGAGAGGAAGGAAUACUUCUACAGGUUUUUCCAUGACACUGGGCAAGCGAGCCAAGCGUUCAGCUUCGUGAUGGACAAUGAGCCCCUCUCCACCAUGUGUUUUGUCCCCAUGGUGUCCUGGGUGGUCUGUACCUGUCUCAAGCAGCAGCUGGAAAGUGGGGAGCUUCUAAGACAAACAUCGAGGACCACCACGGCGGUUUACAUGUUCUAUCUUCUGAGUCUGAUGCAGCCCAAGCCAGGGACCCCAACGUUCAAAGUCCCAGCCAGCCAGAGGGGUCUGGUGUCGCUGGCUGCAGAUGGCCUCUGGAGCCAGAAGAUCCUAUUUGAGGAGCAGGACCUUGGUAAACACGGCCUAGAUGGAGCAGAUGUCUCCACCUUCCUCAAUGAGAACAUCUUCCAGAAGGACAUCCGGUGUGAGAAAUUCUACAGCUUCAUCCACCUGAGCUUCCAGGAAUUCUUCGCAGCCAUGUACUGUGCCCUGCACGGCAGAGAGACGGUGAGGAGAGCGCUGGCUGAGUACGCCUUCUCAGAAAGGAGCUUCUUGGCGCUCACCGUGCGCUUCCUGUUCGGCCUCCUCAAUGAGGACAUGAGACGUUACCUGGAGAAGAAUCUAGGCUGGACCAUCUCCCCUCAGGUCAAGGAGGAAGUGCUAGCGUGGAUCGCAGACAAGGCUCGCAGUGAGGGAUCCACCCUGCAGCGCGGCUCCCUGGAACUCCUCAGCUGCUUGUAUGAGACCCAGGAGGAAGACUUCACCCAGCGGGCGCUGAGCCACUUCCAAGUGGUGGUAGUCAAUAACAUCGCAACCAAGAUGGAGCACAUGGUUUGCUCCUUCUGCGUGAGGUACUGCAGGAGCGCGGUGGUGCUCCAUUUGUAUGGCAGUGCCUACAGUGCAGGCUCAGACCGUGACCCUCCAGAACCUUCCGGAACCCCGGGUCUAUCCGAAGACUUACAGGAGGGGAACGCACUUCCUGAUGUCUAUGGUGCACAUCUCUCAGCUGCCGUCCGCACCAAUCCAAACCUGAUCGAGCUGGCCUUGUACCGCACCCCCUUGGGUAGCCGGGGCGUGUGGCUGCUGUGCCAAGGCCUCAGACAUGCCAACUGCAAGCUUCAGAACCUGAGGCUGAAGCGGUGUCAGGUCCCAGGAUCAGCCUGCCAGGAUCUUGCGGCGGCUCUCAUGGCCAACAGGAAUUUAAUCAGGCUGGACCUCAGUGGCAACAGCCUUGGGCUGCUAGGCCUGGAGCUGCUUUGCAAAGGGCUGCGGCACCCCAGGUGUAGACUGCAGAUGAUCCGGCUGAGGAAGUGUCACUUGGAGCCUGCAGCUGGCAGAGAGAUAGCCUCUGUUCUCUGCAACAACUCACACCUCAUGGAGCUGGACCUGACCGGAAACCCCCUGGAGGACCUGGGACUGAAGCUGUUGUGUCCAGGACUGAGGCACCCGGCCUGCAGGCUGCACACCUUGUGGCUGAAGAUCUGCCGCCUUGGCCAGGCUGCCUGUGAAGAGCUGGCCUCCAGCCUCAGCCUGAGUCAGACCCUGAUGGAGCUGGACCUGGGCCUGAAUGACCUUGGGGAUCCCGGGGUGCUUCUGCUGUGUGAGGGCCUCAGGCACCCAGACUGCAAACUCCAGACCCUCCGGUUGGGCAUUUGCCGGCUGGGCUCAGAUGCAUGCGCAGGGAUCGCCCGUGUGCUCCAAGUCAACUCUUGCCUCGGAGAACUGGACCUGAGCUUCAACGACUUGGGAGACAGGGGCCUGUGGCUGCUGGGGGAAGGCCUUCGGCACCCAGCCUGCAGACUCCGGAAGCUGUGGCUGGACAGCUGUGGCCUCACAUCCAAAGCAGCUGAGGACCUUUCUUCCAUCCUGGGAACCAACCAGACCCUAACUGAGCUUUAUGUGACCAACAAUGCUCUGGGGGACACAGGUGUCCGGACGCUGUGCAGGAGGCUGAGACAUCCAAGCUGCAAACUGCGAGUCCUGUGGCUGUUUGGAAUGGACCUGAACAGAAUGACCCACAGGAGGCUGGCAGCCCUUCGACUCUUAAAACCUUACUUGGACAUUGGGUGCUGAGCAGGGCUGUGGCAUCGGAAUGGAGGCCACCAGGAUCUUUAUUCCCUCAGACAGCUGUGAUCCAGCACUUGAGAGAUGGAACUUCGUGUGUGAUUUCUGCUUUCCUCUGUGUUUAACAGCCAAGGCUGCCCAGGAACCCCACGAAAAUCUGGACUACUGGACAUUUCAGUCAGUCACUGUAACAAGACUCCCACCUACUGGUCAAGUCCGAAACUACAACAGAUUAGAAUAAGGGCACAGGACACUUCUUGGGAGGAGGUGGGUGGUAUCAGAGACAAGGUGUUUCUGUAGCUAUGUCUAACCUGGAACUUGCUGGCCUCCACCUCAAGAGUUCUGCUUGCCUCUGCUUCUCCAAACCCACAAAUCUUUGUGCAGUUUCCAGAGGCAAUUCAAGCAGUAACCCAAAAUCCUUGCAGAUAUAGAGGGGUGGCCAAAUUUCCCUGACCAGCUUACUUCACAGCUCAACAUUGUAAACCCCCUGGGAAACCUGUACAUUAGAACAGAGGCAGCAAGAUCCAGGACUGUCUGUGUCUGCUACCUGCCCAGAUGAGGCCUCAGCACGUGGAGAGGUCAGGACAUGCGGACCAGCUGGGAGACUGGCUGUCUAGCCAGCAGGCAUGAAACCCAGGACUCUAUUCUGUCCUAAGGAGCUGUAUAGAUUGCAUGCCGAUGGUUAACAUCUGGGCUGAAAAACAUGUACAA